AUGUCCCAGCUGCCCAGUCCCAGAAUGGCUGACCAGAGUGGGAGGAAGGGAGAGGGUUUCAUGGCCCUGCUUCCGCGGCUGGAACCCAGGCCCAAAGCCCCUGCUUACCCUAUCCCAGUCCUUCCCAGGGCCUUGGGGGCCAGGGAUGGGUUGGGUAGUCCAGUGGGUCCGUGUGUAUCCCUUGGGGCCCUAGCCUGGCCCCCUUUGGACAGUGUCCUGGGGCUGGGGGCACAGGGGCUGGCAAGUCGGGUAGUCCUUCUUACAGGGGCCUGGCCUAGCUGCUGCUACUGCUACUGGUCAGCUUCCUGGCCUUUGACCUGUUCCACUGGCCCACAGCACAUACUUCUCACAGGGAGCCACAGUCAGGGGGCCAGAGAGGGUCCGGGACAGCAGGAGGUUUUGCUCCUGCCGCCAGUGGCAGUCACAGCAUGACUUGGCCUCCAGGAGGCUCUGCCACUGCUGCUCGUGGGUCUGGAGCUGCUCCCAGGAGCCUGCGGCGUGCCCUCCUUGGUCCUGCCUGGCCUAGCUUUCUGCCUCCCUACUUGGGCCUGA